AGCUGUGUGUGACAUUGGCUCGGCUUCCUUCAAGUACGACAUGAGACGACUGAGUGAGAUCCUGGCCUUCCCGAGAGCCUGGUACCGUCGAAGUAUCGCCAGGCGCCUCUUCCUGGGAGACCAGACAAUCAACCUGCCAGCCUCUGGCCCCGCCACCCCCGACUCAGCUGAAAACGUCACCCAACAUCUGUCCCCCGAGUCCAGUCGGAAAGCCUACUGGAGAACCUGGGACGGCAGCACUGGGACGCAGCACAUGCCCCAGUCCCCCAACGUCUUUUCAGAGCACUCCGCUGGAAGCAACAUGUCCCCGGGUGGCCUGGGCCACCUCAAAUCCCCCGCACCCGGACGCACCAGGAGCGUGUCUGAUUCCUCUGCUCCGAGAAGAGAUUCGGUGACAAAAACAUCCACUCCUUCCUUCACUAAGAAUGGUAAGGCAGCAGGUCAGCAGGGGGCGCCAUGGGAGACGCUGGUGGUGUUCGCAAUCAACUUGAAACAGCUCACCGUCCAGAUGAACAUGAGCAAUGUCAUGGGAAACAAUACGUGAGUGGUUGUAGAUUGCA